UGAAAUAAUUUGUCAACUCGCGUCAGCAGCUUUUGUCUAUGUUCAACAGACAGCUUUUAAAUUAGACUUUUAAUUACAGGAAGUCAUGAGCUUACAGGAAGAGGGUCCCCAGGUGCCCCAGCAGGAGACACUGCAGCAGAUAGCGGCCAGAAUAAUUCAGAAGGCCUGGAAAAGACAUGUGUACAGAGAGAUCUUCAAGUAUUUCAGUGAGCUUAUCAGCCAUUGCAACCAUCAGGAUCCACGGACGAUCCUCAGAACUGUCAAUCCUCGAGAGGCAGAGUUGCUGGAUGCCGCUGCUGGGGUGUUCAUCAGAUUUCGACUCGGAGGGAUUACCUUUCCUCCCAACAUCUACUACAAGAUCUUCACCCAUCGACCCAUCGCGGACGUGUGUGCCAGCAGCCCAAAGGACUACACCCAGCUAGGCCUUAAGAAGUCUGUGGCCCGGCAGACCAACAAUGGCUUGCCUCUUAUGCUGGUGGACCGAUCGGGAUGGUACCAGCGUAUGGAGAACAACAGCUGGAGGCUCUUCUGUAGCAAGGUUGCUCCCAUGGGUGAGCCCAUAGAGAUUGGUGCAAACAAAAAAAUGGACUUUCAUCAUUCCAGGUUGCAGCGGCAACAGGAUGUAGACAGGUGGAGGAAAAAGAGGAAAAUUGAAUGGCUGAAGCAGAUGUAUAACCAUGGUCGUCUGCAGACUCAUUCAGCGCAUCGACACAUGGCGACGCUGGUGGGGAAUUCAGCCCAGGAAGUGAUGGCCACCAUUGAAGAGAAGGGAGAUGAAGAGAUAUAUGGAGGAGUGGAGACAUUUGGCCUGCAGUCACUCCUCUGAGGCAAGCAGAGAUGUUCCUUCAUCUCCACCCAGGUUAGAGCCACAUGAGUUUGCUGGUGUGGCUGAUGAAGACAGUUAGGGAAAACAGAAUAAGAACAUUUAUGCUGAAACCAUCCACGUGCCGAUGUGCUAAUUCUGCAGCUGAAUACAGCAUGUAAAGUCACAGAGGAGCAAUUAUGGGAUCUGUGGGGGCACAUAUGGGACACAAACUAGCAUAAUUAUAAUUUCCACUUCCAAAGAAAUCAACAAAUCUAUAAUCUAAUUAUUUUAUUCAUAAUUUAUUGAAUCUAUGUGACAUGGACCCAGACCAAACUGAUUAUAUAACUGGAAACAUCUCGCUGCAGCCACUGAACUGAUCAACAUUUUAAACAGUUCCUCUGAGUAGCAGAAGACACGCAGUUGUCAUUCAAAUGUUUUGCAUAGCUGUAAAGGCGUCAACAUGUGUCCUGGGCCCUGUUUCAGAAAGCA